CUGCUCAUCAUGGCGGCGGCGGCCGUUGAGAGUGCGACCCAGUUCCAGGAGGUGCUGGAAAAAGCUAAGAGGUCAUCGUAUCUUCAGAGGAUGUGGCUUGAGGGAUGCCACUCAAAAUUAAGUGUGACUGACUGGACCACUUUCCCACCUCUACUGCCUGUCACAGGCAUAUUGGAAUGAUUUACAGGUCAUUGGUCGUGGUUCAUUUUUGGGCAUCAUGGGCUCAUCAGUGUUUGCAAAUGAAUGAAGUCAUGACUGAACUGUCCAAAGAAUAUCCACAUGUUAUAUUUGUAAAGCUUGAAGCUGAAUCUGUUCCAGAAGUAUCUGAAAAAUAUGGCAUUAGUUCAGUGCCUACUUUCUUGUUUUUUAAGAAUUGUCAGAGAAUCGACCGAGUAGACGGUGCCCGUGCUCCUGAUUUAACUAAAAAAGUGCAGCAGCACAGUGAGACUACCAAACAAGACUUGAAUGAACAAUUGGGGAAACUUCUAAAUUCCGCGCCCUGUAUGUUAUUUAUGAAGGGAACUCCUCAAGAACCUCGGUGUGGCUUCAGCAAGAAGAUUGUGGAAAUUCUCAAUGAGCAUAAUAUUCGUUUUUGCAGCUUUGAUAUUCUUUCUGAUGAAGAUGUGCGUCAGGGCCUAAAAGUUUACUCUAACUGGCCUACAUAUCCUCAACUGUAUGUGAAUGGAGAACUGGUGGGGGGACUUGAUAUUGUAAAGGAGCUAGCUGAAACUGGUGAACUGGAAAAAACUUGUCACAAGGAAAUGCGAUUGGAAGAUAGGUUGAAAGCACUGAUCAACAAAUCAAAAGUUGUCCUGUUUAUGAAAGGAAGCAAAGCAUUGGCAAAAUGUGGAUUCAGCCGCACUAUUGUGGGAAUACUGAAUGAAACUGGUGUUGAGUAUGAAACAUUCGACAUUUUGGAAGAUGAAGAAGUGAGGCAGGGAUUAAAAACAUUUUCCAACUGGCCAACAUACCCACAGUUAUAUGUGAAUGGUGAACUUGUUGGUGGGCUUGAUAUUGUGAAGGAAUUGGAAAUAAGUGGAGAGCUUCUUUCAACCUUAAAAGGAGAAAACGCUAGUUAGAAUUUUGCAAAAAGAACAAUCACCAUCAUACAUAAUGUUAAUUUUAAAAAUUGCUAAUUGGCAAUAAUGUGGUCUAAAGUCAGGUAACAGAAUAGUGAUUAUAAAUCAUUUUUGAUGUUUCCAUGCUUUGGUAAUUCAUGAAUAACAUGGUAGCACAAAGGGAGCAAAAUGCAAAUGGUAGAACAGUAAAAUAUUAAACCUCUUAUUAUAAUAAAACAUUACUGGUAUAUAUGGUGUGACUUUUUAUUGCACAGUGAAUAUAAGAAAUGUUCACCAUUUUAAGCACAAUCUGGUGAAAUAAUUAUUAGUAAAAAAGGUCUAACUUUACAUUGUGCAGCGUUCAAGUAACAACGUGCUGUUAAUAUAUUUGCAUGCAAAUUAAUUGUGCGCUUUGGUCAUUUGUUUCUAUGUUUGUGAUUUAUUUGAUAAAUAAAUGACAAGUUUAUUUUU